AUGUCCGACGUCGAUACUCCUCCGGUGCAGGAGGCCACCACGACCGAUCAAAAUCCUCUCGCAGACAUGGAAGUCACAGACUCGGCAGCACUAGUACCCACGAAUCAAGACAGCACUGCUCUGGAACCGAAAAAGAAAACCAAGAAAAUCAUGGUCAAGAAGAAGAGAAGACCCGCCAGAGUUCAAAAAGAAGGCUUCUCGACAGAAAGGCCCGCUCAAACCGGCACUAUCUUCAACAUCUGGUACAACAAAUGGUCUGGCGGUGAUCGCGAAGAUGCCUACUCCUCCAAGCAACAAGCAAAGGGCAGGUGUAACGUUGCAACCGACUCCGGUUUCACAAAAGCCGAUACCAUUCCUGGCAGCUACUUUUGUGUCUACUUCGCUCGUGGUCUGUGUCCCAAAGGUCAAGACUGCGAAUACCUGCAUCGUCUACCGAACUCGCGUGUGGAAAAGGAGGGUGGUUUGGGCGAUAUCUUCCCAUCCAAUGUCGACUGCUUUGGACGAGACAAGUUCAGCGACUACAGAGACGACAUGGGUGGUGUGGGAAGUUUCAUGCGUGUCAACAGAACUCUCUACGUGGGCAGGAUACACACAUCAGACGACAUUGAGGAAGUCGUUGCCAGACACUUCCAGGAAUGGGGCCAGAUCGAGCGCGUCCGUGUACUACCGGCUAGAGGUGUAGCGUUUGUGACCUACGUCCACCUGGCCAACGCCGAGUUUGCAAAAGAGGCCAUGGCGCAUCAGCCACUGGACAACAACGAGACGCUGAACGUGAGAUGGGCGACUGUCGACCCCAACCCGCAAGCUCAAAAACGAGAAGUGCGCAAAAUCGAAGAACAAGCUGCCGAAGCAAUCCGUCGCGCGCUACCCGCAGAGUAUGUUGCCGAGAUCGAAGGGCGUGGUGAAGGUUGGGAGGACGCAAGGAAGAGGAGAAAGAUUGAAGGUACAUUUGGAUUGGCUGGAUACGAAGCCAGCGAUCAAGUGUGGUAUGCGUCGGAGAAGGCCAGACUGGGAGCGCCGCAAGAGUCGUACCUGCUAGAAGCUGGUGACUUGGAUGAGGAUGACGAAGGUGCACCGCUUCGGAUCGAGGAUAUGAAGAGGCAGGGUGCGCCUUCUGGGAUUCUUGGAGGAUCAACAUUAAGUGCACUGAAAGGCUUCACGGCAGGCUCAGGCGCGUCGGCCAGCAAGGCUCUGGAUAAGCCUGCAGGUCCAUUGGUCGGAUAUGGGAGUGACGAUGAUAGCGAUUGA